GUGUUGCUCAAAAAUACAACAAGGAAGUGGGUAUCCCGGUGCCACGGCGAAAUCAAAUAAAAAGAAAUACAGUGGCACAUUUUAGAAGUCCGCUUGGUGCAGUGGGUACCGGGAGGGUACAGUCGGACCCGUUAGCCCGUUGCUAAGCGCUCAGCUACAGCGAUGAACACGGACGUGGAAUUUCACAUCAGGCAAAAUUACCCGUGGAACAAACUGCCAGCCAAUGUCAAACAGAGUCUUGGAAACUCACAGCGAGAGUAUGACAAGCACGUCUUACUGUACAGCAUUCGUAACCAGCUACGAUUUCGCAAUAACCUGGUCAGACAUGUGAAAAAGGACGAGCGGAAGUAUUAUGAGGAGCUGCUGAAGUACAGCCGAGAGCACCUCAUGCUCUACCCGUACCAUCUCUCCGACAUCAUGGUUAAAGGAUUAAGAGUUACACCGUUCUCCUACUACAUCAGUAUCAUGGAGGACAUCAUGAACAGUGAGAAGAGUUACGACUCUCUACCCAACUUCACUGCUGCUGACUGUCUGAGACUUCUCGGCAUUGGAAGGAACCAAUACAUCGAUCUGAUGAACCAGUGCAGGUCUUCCAAAAAAUUCUUCCGCAGAAAAUCAGCACGAGAUCUUCUGCCAGCCAAGCCUGUGGAGAUCUCUGUGGAGCCGUGGUGGGUAGCGCAGACCGGAUACAUCACUGAGGACGAUAUCAGGAUUUGUUCCCCAGCGGAGAAGAAGGCCAUCGAUAAGAUGAUAGAUUCGGGACCCCAGCUGGCUGGAUCAAUGGAGUAUAAUGUGGUUCUCAGUCUGUAUAACAGGGGCUUUAUAUACCUUGAUGUUCCCAUAUCUGAUGACAGCUGUAUAUCAGUGCCACCUCUGGAGGGCUUUGUCAUGAACAGGGUGCAGGGAGAUUAUUUUGAGACUCUGCUGUACAAAAUCUUUGUGUCCAUCGAUGAGCAGACCAAUGUGUCAGAGUUGGCGAAUGUUCUGGAGAUCGACUUGGGCUUGGUGAAGAAUGCCGUGUCCAUGUACUGCAGACUCGGAUUUGCCAUCAAGAAAGGUCAGGUGAUCAGCCCUGAACAGCUGCACCCAUCAUGGAAAAGCGCACCCUCUGUCAACAGACUAAAGAGCACAAUGGACCCUCAGAAGAUGCUGCUGUCCUGGGAGGGUGGCAGUCCAGUAAUGGAGGCUGGUUCCUCUGCUACUGACACAGACACCACCAGUCUGGAGGACCAAGACAAUGCCAGUGUGAGUAGUCUUAGUAUUCCUGCAGCCCCCACCAAGAGAAUCGCCUUCCUGUUUGAUUCCACUCUCACUGCCUUCCUCAUGAUGGGAAACCUUUCCCCUAAUUUGAAGAGCCAUGCUGUGACCAUGUUUGAGGUGGGGAAGCUGUCUGAUGAGACCCUGGACAGUUUUCUGAUGGAAUUGGAGAAGGUGGAGAGUACUGCUGAAGGAGAAGCUCAGAGGUAUUUUGAUCAUGCACUGACCCUCAGGAACACAAUACUUUUUCUGCGCUACAACAAAGAGCUCACCCCCGACCAAGGGCCUGAUCUACCCAAUAUAGGCUUGCCUCUGGACCUCCUCCGGUGUGAGAGUCUGCUGGGAUUGGAUCCUGCCACCUGCAGUCGUGUCCUCAACAAGAACUAUAAGCUGCUGGUUUCCAUGGCGCCGCUAAGCAAUGAGAUCCGACCAAUCAGCAGCUGCACACCUCAGCACAUUGGUCCAGCAAUUCCUGAGGUCAGCUCCAUCUGGUUUAAGCUGUAUUUGUACCAUGUGACUGGUCAUGGUCCACCAACUUUACUACUGUCCAAGGGCUCCAGGCUGCGCAAACUACCAGAAAUCUUUCAGGCUUAUGACAGACUCCUAAUAACAUCCUGGGGUCAUGACCCUGGUGUAGUGCCCACAUCAAAUGUCCUGGCCAUGCUGAAUGAUGCCUUAACUCACUCUGCAGUGCUUAUCCAGGGUCAUGGAUUGCGUGGUCAUGGAGAAACAGUCCACGUUCCCUUUCCUUUCGAUGAAGAGGACUUAAAAGGAGACUUCUCUUAUUCUAACAUGUGUGCACACAAGGCACUGAAGGUUCUGCGUGAAAAAGUAGAUCUGGAGCACCAGUGUGGCUACAUCACCAUGCUGAACUGCAACAACAGGAACCGCCGCAGGCCCAGUGAAGGUGAUGUACCUGGAGACUCUGAAUUCGGGACCAGGUUUGAUGCCAAUGGAAGCAGUGAGUCUUUCGAGCUGGUAACUGAGGAGAACAAUGCGGAUGGUGGGAAGAAGCAGGAGGGAUCAUCUAGUGAAGAAGAAUGGGUACCUCUGGAGCUGUGCUUUGGAAUGCCCCUCUUUAGCUCUGAGCUCAACCGUAAAGUGUGUGAGAGGAUUGUCUCGCACAAGCUCUGCAGCACAGACAGUCUUCAGAAACUACUACAUUCCAGUCGAAAGCUGUCCUUGAAAGUUCUCAGCUUUGUCCAGUCAUUCCAGGAAUGCGGCAAUUCUUCUGAUCCGGACAGUGGGGUAUUAGGGGCUCUUUGCCAGCCGCCGGCCGAGUCUGGCGUCCCUCUCCCUUCUAUAAACCUCUUCUUUAUGAAUGGCCAGCUGAAGGAAUGGAGCGGGCGAACCCCACCCCCCCUCCAAAUCUCCACCAUACUAAAAGACCAGGACCAGCUCACAUAAAGCCGAUCCUCAUUCCCUAGAAAACAUAUCCAAUCCCAAGUCACGUUCACACCUGAUUCCAACCCGUCGGAUUGAUUUCUCAGCUACCAGUGUUACCGUCUCGGCUCUGUGUCACGCGCAGCCCAGCGUUUUAACUCUACAUGUGGACCUGUACAGCUUCCGGGCCAGCAGUAACACUAGUGCUGAAUCAGAGAUCCGGACUUGAUCAUAUUACCAAUCCCCAUAAAAGAUGAGAUUAUUCAGUAUAAAAAAUACAAAAUAUUAUUUCAUUAGUGUGAAUUUUUACAGUGUAUUGACUGAAAUAGGUCCAGGAUGAAGUCAUUUAGUUAUUUUUCUUCUAUAUUUGUAUUGUCAUGUGGUGAUGCAUGAUGUCAUUGCACAAAAAACACAGAAAAGCAAAGUGAUUUAUUAAUGUGUGAGCAGCCGAGAUUUUUUUUUUCUCUUAACAGUAUGUGUUGCCCCCAAAUUAAGAUUUAUUUUUGAUUGUUUCAGUAUCAUUAACUACAGGGUGGCAUGAUGGGGAACCCAGUCCUGUUGGUGCUGCAGGUCCAGGGACCUGGUACAAUCCUGUCAUGCUGAUAAUGUAAAUGUGUCUGUGUGGGUUUUCUCUGGGUACUGUCCCUGUGCCAUGUGGUAAACUCAUGCCUUAGUAAGUAUUCCCAUUUCAGACCCUAGUCAGUAUAGAGUGAUUGCUUAAUAUGAAGGAAAUCCUUUUAGAUCUGCAUGGUGCAGCUAAAGGUGGUGUUGGUGCUGCAUAGCUCUGCGGACCUUGGUUCAAUCCUAACGCGUCGACUGUGCGGGUUGACUGGUGCCCUGUUCAGGGUAGAUUCAUGUCUUGCAGUGAUUGUGUUUGAAAUUGGCUUCGGACCCUGAUCAAGACAAAGCGAUUGUUGUUGGUGCAGUAGAGUGAUAGGAACUUGGUUUAAUCUUGUUGGUGUGGGUGGAAGGUUCAUCGAUCCAGGCCCUGUCCAGAAUUGUCACUCUGUCCAAAGUUUACUCCUGCCUUGAGCCCAGUGUUCCCAGAAUAGUCCCGACCCACCAUGAACCCAAUCAAGUCAAAGUGCUUAGUGAAGAUAGAUAAACUGUUUUUUUGGGGGGGUAUGAAGUAUUGUUAAGAUUUGCUAAGAUUUGAGAUCUUACUUGAAUGAGCCUUACUGAAAUUGUGGCAUGUCUGUGUGUGGGAUUUCUCCGGUUACGCCUCUAUCCUCCUGCCCCCAAGGUGGCUUGGCUUGUCUAAAUUGCCCCUAGGUGUGAGUGUAAAUGAAUGAAUGACUAUGUGAUGCCCUUUGAGUGUAUAUAUUGUUCCUGCACCAGCUUUUCCAGGUUAGAUUUUAACACUACAUGCCCAAUCAAAAGAUGAAUCCUUUAUUUUUAGAGCACAGGAACAAAUGUGUUCACCUUUUUCUACACAAUGUUUUCACCAAAGAUAAAUUCUUAUUUAGAUUUUUAUUUUUUACGACAGUGUUUUUAUUUUAGCAGCCAUAGUAACUAGUUACCAGUCACCCAUGAUACUUCUAUCAGCUCUGCACUCUUCUACUAAUGGUGUUAGACUAAUUAUUCUAAGGGUAAAAUUAUACAUAUAAAUAUUCAGUGUUCUGCUACAUUAAACACUGAAAUCAGCCAGUUUGUUACAUUAAUUUUCACAGUGCAGAAAAUGCCACCCAGUCAUACAGAUUAGGUGCUAUGCACUAUUUUGUAGUCCUCUUUGAAUAUGAAAAUGUCAGUGUUAUGUUUUGCUUUCAUAUAAUCCAAACUGAUCUUCUGUAAUCAUGUUGAUUUUAAGUAAAACACCAAAGGAUAAAUUUCACUGUGCUUAAAAUACCCCAAAACAUAACUGACCCAUUCCUGCUUGAACAACACUUGUGGUUUUUGGGUGGCAAAGGCAAAACUAACUCAUCUGACCACAUCAUAUUUUUCCAGUCAUCCACAGUCCUGUGCUGGGAAUGCCUAGCGCACUGUAGUCAAGCUUUUUUGGGUGCAGGUGUAGGGCAGACUUUGCUGAUUUGUUUUGAUAUAUGUACCCUAUUUAUCAAUAGAAAGGGACCCUCAUAAAAAAACCAAAUGACUGGAUCAUGUUUUGGAGGUGCACCAUUCUCAGCACUUCAAUGACACUGACAUGGUAAUGGCAUGGUAGUGUGUCUUGUUUUGGUCUUCAAUUUUCAAUUAGUAUUGAAUUAGGGUCCCAUUUGAGUAAUGUACAGACCAGAUAGAUGAGCCUAAUAAAAUCCUUUGUGAGUACUCACAUACUCUGAUCACUUUAUUAGGUUCAACUACCCUGUAUGCACAUUCAUUGGCCAUUCUAUGAAUUCUAUGUUACCUACCACAUGGAUAUUUUUUGUAUGUAUACAAUUACUGACUGUAGCCAGUUACUUUCUUGUUCUGUAGACUUUUUCACACCCUCUAACCCCAUCUAUCAAUGGACUACUACCCUUUAUUAGACUGCCCAUAUAUUAUUUGGGUGGUGAACAAUCCUCAGCACUGCAAUGGCAAUGGUCCAGUAAGGAUCUAUUUCAUUGAUGCUUGUGGUAUAGUGGAGAGUCAAAGCGUACAAAGCAACAAAUGGGCUAUGGUUAGUAAUUGUAUAUCUACAAAGUGCACCUACUAUAUAUGAUAGGUGUCACUCAUAAAAUACAAAUUAAUUUACGUACAAGGUAGUUGUACCCAAAAAGGGGUUGGUAACCCUAUACCAUUUUUAUUUGAUUAUUUUAACUUCUGUAUGAAUGGUUGUGCAAAAACUAGGAUACCUAUAUUGUGUUUAAUUAGUGUGUUAUUACACCACAUAAUUUGUUGGGCGUUUAAAAAAAAUCCUCAUUUGGACUGAGUUUAUAGUCCAAGGGUACCAACCAAAGCCAGUCUCACUCGAACAGGAAAUUAUCAUUCUCUUUAAUAUUCUUUAUAUCUUUUAGUAUGUUAAUGUAGCAUUGCUGCUGUGUUAAUUCAUAAAUCUCUCAGUCACUGCUGUUGUUCCUUUUUUGUAUGCCUUUCCCAAGGCUGCUUGCUCUUUUUCCUUUUUUCGAUUUAGACACUAUGUAUUUGUGGUAUUUUGAUAAUUACGAUGAGAUCGUGGUGCAGCAUGAUGAGUGUUUAGAGUCCAUUGUGUGUAUUGUGCAUCAUUCAGGCACCUCCUGUCCAAUCACAUUUUCUCCUCCCAUGGUGAUCUACUUGCACCCGGCUUCCCUGGUCUUUGCUCAUUCAUUUCAGUGUUAGAGAAAAAACGUGUUAGUUUUAUAAUGUCGAUCUGCAUUUUAGGAAUCUUUGUUGUAGGGUGUUUGGUGGGACUGUAAUUAAUUCUCUUGUAAUUAAAUGGAUAUAAAAUGACAUUCCCUUUUACCUGCCCCCACCCUUCAAAAUAUAUAUCAUACCAAUAUGUAAAAAGUAUAUAAUAAAAUAUGAAUAAAUAUGGUGCAAACACUUUCCCCUAAAA